AAACCCUCAAGAAUCCUGGGAACCACUAUUUUUAGUUUUCUCGGUUCUGAUUCCAGACCUCUCUCAAUCCGUACACUCCAUACAAAGAUUCACUAUUUUAUUCUUAUUAUAAUACACUGGGCGGUUUUUCUUAUGAUUCUUUGCUCUCCAACUCUUCUUUAGGAGAACAUUUAUCUCUUCAAUUUAUCUAUUUUCAGCUUAAAUAUUAUAUAUUUCUAUACUCUUGGCCUUGUUUGUUUCAAUUUGUUCUGUAAAACUUUAAUGGAAUCAUAAACCCGAUCAAUGGAUUGUUGGUUUCCAUAGCUGCAAAAUGCUCUCCUCGUUAAGGGAUUUUUGGAGAAGGCAUAAGAGGAAGGUUAUUGUUUCAACUGGGGUUUUAGGAAGUGGGUAUGUUCUGUAUAGAUUAUACAAUGCUCAUAGACGAAGGCUUGAUGAUCUGGAGAGAGAACUUGCAACUGAACGGAAAAGAGUUGAUGAAUUUGUCAAGGACCAAAUGCAAGCUCAUUUUGAGAACAUCCAGAGAAUAGCUGAUACGACUACAUUGCCGCACGCAAUGCAAUUUUUAAGCAGUCGGAUAGAAGAAGAGUUGCAGCUUUCUCACCUUACUGACAGGCUUAUGCAAGGGAAGGGUCAGCCAAAUACUUUGACAUAUUCGGAGAAACUUGAGUUAUGGGAUAAACUUAAGUAUUUGAGCUUCACAAGAAUGGUGUUGUCAUUAUGGACGAUGACAUUACUAAGCUUAUAUAUCAGAGUUCAGGUCAAUAUAUUGGGGAGACAUUUAUAUAUUGAUACUGCGCGUCAUAUCGGAAGUUCCCAUUUUCUCGAUGAUGGUGAUCUCAUUGACAGGGAUGACCAGCAGAAGUUUCUGGCUAGUGCUGAUUUUCUUUCUACUAAUGGCCUGCCUGCAUUGAUUUCAAAUAUGCAGGCAGCAGUAACAGAAGUUAUCAAAGGAAAACAGUUACGGGAUUUCUUUAAUGCUGCAGUUCUUCAUGAAACUAUUGUGCAAAUACUUGACACCUUCAAGAGCAUUAGAAGUCCCCAUCUUUGGGUGGACUUCUUGAUGCCUGCCAAUGCUCAUCUACAAGAGCUAAAUGCAUCUUCCAGCGGUGACAAUACCGUUUUUCCAGAUGUAUCAAAAUUUGAUCUACUUAUGUUAGAGACAAGGGCGGUGCUAUCGAGUGUCAAAUUCACAAAUGUUGCUGAAGUUGCACUGAAAGCAGUGGUGGAUGCAUUGAUCGAAGAGAUAGGAGUCCAAUGUGGAGAAGACAAUCUGGCAACUGGGAUGCCACUCGCCAGGUUAUUGGCGCGUGUCACUCAUGUGGGUCCCAUCCUACUCGACGAACCGAGCAAAAACAAGUUCAUCGAAGCCAUUCAAAAUGUACCAGAAGUGGAAAUGUUAUUCACUGUUCUCUACGCAAAUGCCGAUGUAUUAGACUAGCAAGUGAGCUUGUGAUUAUUAUUUCUAUCACAAUGUUUUUAUAAUCUUAUAAGAAAGGCAUCUAUGUAAAGAAUGUGAUUCACUUUAGUUUGGCAUUUCAAAAAGUUAUUUGAAAUUGAAAGUGACAAAGUAGACAGUCUAGGACUACAGCAUUGUAAUUUAUCUUUUCAUCUUCUUUUUUUUUUUUUUUCCAAAUAUUUCUAUUGAUGUUUGCUGAGGUAAUAAUUUAUGUAGAUUACCUUACAUAUUGAAGAUCUUGCCAUGGCUUAUGGUAAGUGCUUUUUGUAAUUUUCAGUUUAAAGAAGAAGGUAUUGAGACAUGUUACUUUUC